UUCCUCCUUCCCUUACAACCCUUCUCGAUUUCAGUAUUUUCCUUAAACCUAUUAGAAAUUAAACCUAUUUUCCUUAACCUUUUGCAGUUUCUUCAUUGCAAUUUCCUGGGGAAUGAAACUGCAAUGCCUUGAUGUGCUUGAAUUCUUCUUUCCUGGUAUUGUCGUGUGAAGUAAAAUUAUAAAGGCAUCAAUUUUAAACUGAUGUAUAGCUCGCAAGGUCUCCAUUAUUUAUUGACGUUUUCAUUUGAUUCAUUGCUUUAUUGGUUCAUAUAUUUUCCAUUUCGAAUAAGAUGGCCUCAUGCCUUGUGCCUUGAUCACACAACUACAAGAGAUGGAGCAAAGUUCAACUGUAUUGUUCUUGCCAAAGUCCAAGUCACUCUUUGCAAGCUGGAUAGAUAUUUAGAAAGGUCAACAUUGAAUCAUUCAUCUUAAAAGCUUUCGCCAAUGCCUCAAAACUUGGAGAUUACCUUGAUGGCAGAUUCAAGCCAAAUGCAACCAAUAGAAGUAUGUGACAUGUGUCCAUGCUAGAUGCAAUAUGCCAGCGGCUAAACAUUUUGUACAUGUACUCCCACAUUGUAUAUAGAUUUGCAGCUUCCAUGACACGUGAGGUUGAUAAAAUCUCUUUGUUUCUGGGGGUUAUGGUAGUUAAGGAAGACACGCAAUACUCAAUUGCACAUGACGCGAAUGCCUAGUUUUCUUAGCCUCGCCACAUCCUACGGACUACAUCCCAAUGCUGGAUGUGGUAAUGGUAUCAUAAUUGGGUUUGUUUACAUGGGAAUUUGGCCGGAGAAUGUAGGCUUCCGUGACAAAGGACUGUUGCCUCUUAACAACAGCAAAUGGUGAGGAAUCUGCCAAGAAAGCAGCAAUUUCUCCGCUGAUGACUGCAACAAUAAAAUCAUUGGUGCCCGUUUCUUUGCCUCUGGAAUCAAAACUCUAAUCGGUCGGCGAGUCGAUGGUGGUAGGGAGUACAGGUCUCCACGAGAUGCUACAGGCCAUGGAUCAACUGUUGCUUCAGUUGCUGCUAGAGCUAAGAUUUCCAGUGUCGGCUUGCUGGGUUUUGCAUAUGGAGAUGCACAAGGAAUAGCCCCCAAGGCCCGUAUUGCGUCUACAAAGCUAGCUGGAGGAAAAUUUGUACUUUAACCGAUACUCUUGCUGCAAUUGAUGUUGUCAUCUUUGAUGUUAUAGAUAUCUUGUCAAUCCCCAUGGGAAACAACUCCCCCAAGCCAUUUUACAAUGAUGUUUACAUGAUUAGUACGUUGAAAGCUGCUCAAAAUGACAUUUUUGUGACAUUCGGUGCGGGGAACAUGGGCUCGAUGCCAUCAACAGUAGUUAACUCGGCUCCGUGGGUGACCACUGUUGGCUCCAACACCAUUGACAGAACCUAUCCUGCAAAGGUCCGAGUCGAAAAUGGAGAACAAGUCCGCGACAACUUUCUCUACUGUGGUAGAUCAAUCACUGAUGAUGCUUUUCCCCUCCAAUUCUAUAGCACUUGCACCUAUGACAACAUACCUUCAGAUUCUAUCAAGGCUUUAAAGUACCUUCUCGCCAAGAAGAAUGCUAAGCCGCGCUUGAUUAGGCAUGAUCCCGAGUUAAUGGAGUGCACAAGACAGAAGGCAAUUUUGGUUGAGGAAGGGAUGCAACAUCACACAGCCAAUCAGACUAUUGGAAGAAUGAUGCAAGCUGUUCUUUUCCAAAGCUUCCAAUUGGUUCGCCUAUGUGUAAGGUGCUGAAGAAGUAAAAUGAGGGAUUGCUUUCAUUGGGUGUAUUGCGUCAAUUGGUUUAUCACUAUGACGGUGAUGUUAUACUAUAUAUAGAUGGAUAGGUAGAAGAUGAGGGGAUGAUUCAGAAACAUUCCGGAAAAUUCGUUUCAUAAUACAUAUUAUUUUCUUUUUCUUUUUAUGAUGUUCUAAUUUUCUUUGUUAAGGCUAGGGAUGAAACCCCAAUGUUUUCUUUAUAGACAUUUUAUGAUUCAAUCAUGAUUUUUAAUGUUAGAUUAUUUUAAUUGAUUGAUUUA